CCACGCCUGGACCAACCCCUGCAGACUUGUGCUGGGGCUGUUUAAUCCACUCUUCACAUGUGGUAUACACAUGCAGUAUACACGCAACGUACGCAUAGUAUACACACAGUAUACACAUGUGAUACAUGGGGAAGGGCUGGUGAGAGAGGGGGUCACAGCUCAAACACUAGAUUUCACCCCCAACCUGUGAGUACAGGUAGGGGGCCCAGAGGGCAGGGAAGGGGUUGGAGAAGACUAGAAAACUUGGUGCUUCCAAAGUGCCCCAAGGAAAUGGGGUUUUGUGCUGCAGGGUCCUGAGCCCUGCGGGUUCCAUUUCUGAAAUCCCAAGGAAAGAGAUGAAGGCUGGCAGGGAGUGGCAGCCCCUCCUCAGACCUUGUAUUAACCCAACAGUCAAAAAGCCAUGGUCCCAUUUGCAGGGGAAAAGACUGAGGCCCUAAGGGGUGGCUCAAGGUUGCACCAUGAGGUUCCCUGAUCACCUAUAUGCUGGCCAGUGAAUUUAGCCCUGUUCUCCAGGCCCCGUGAGGGUUACUUCAGGUUUGGAAGACUUUAGUUCUUUUGUCCUCCCUUCCCAUCAUCCCUGCCUCUGCCUGCUCCUGGAGGACAUUCAGGGCCCGUCCCAGUUGGGCCUCCGCAGUGGAGCCUCUGGCCAGGCCCAACCUGAUGAUACCCAUCGUUUCCCUUGGCCUCUGCACACUGAGCCCCGCCAGGCCAGGAUGGCUGGCAAGAGGAGAGGGGAGGCAGGCUGCCCAAUCCCUUAACUCUGCUGUCCUUUUUGUCCCCUGUGUCCUGGCCUCUGAGCUCUGAGGGCUGUGGUGGCUGGGUGGCCUGGCCCCACUUAGCAAUGCAUUUUGGUUCUGGUUGGGCAAUGUCCUGCAUGGGGGUCAGUUGGGGCCAGGAAGAGGCGCCCACGGCCCCGCCCCCCUCAAGGCAGCAUGGGAACAGGCCUCCAGGAGACGCCCUGUCUGGCACAGGCUGGCCAGGGACUCCACACACAAGGCCUGGCAGGCUGCAUGGCCUGUGAAACACCAAUCCCUCUCUGGACUGCAUUUGUGUGCUCUAUUGAGAAGUGGGCUCCAACUGUGUGCUGAGACCUCGGGACUGGCAGGGAUCAGGGAGAGGAAGCUGGGCGGCUAUGUGUCUAGGGAUCCUGCUCACGGCUCCUGUGCCCUGCACCCAUGCUAAGCUGGACCAAGGGAGCGUCUCAGUGGGUCCUCACUCCCCUAGCUGCCCAUCAGACACCCUAAGGCCUGGGAAGGACCCAGGCCAAUGUCCCCAGAGGGGGAGACUGUGUCAGCACAGGACCCAGGCAGGGUGGCUCCACUCCCCAGAAUCCCAAGGCUACUUUUGCAAGUCAGCAGGUCCCAGGAGUAGGUGGUCCAGUGACACUGUUGCCAAGGGGUGAACAUGUGGUCAGUCUGAAUCCCCGUCAUAGAUCGGUGAUGCUGUAGCCUCUGGGCUGGGCUGUGGCUGAGCUGUGCUGAGUGACGUGCCUUGGGUCCCCCCAUCUCUUCAGCCCCACUCCUGUACCUCAUGGAUAACCAGCUGAGCUGUCCCUACAUGGGGCUAGCAAAAAGGGCAGGAUGGGGGUGGAGCUCCACCCUGAUGGGGGGCCAGCUGCUGAGCCUGUCCAGGGUGGGAGCUGGGCUGCCCCAGCUCCAUUGGCCUGCAAUGCCAGCAACUAGGGAAAUGGCAUAGGGGCUCCUGGGGACCCGGCACCCCAGGCACAGAAUCCUAAAGCAUUACUAAAAUUAGGUGAACUUGCGCAAAGUUGGGCUGGCGAGAGGGGCUGUAGGACCAACUGGCACUGAGUGAGUUAACCAGCGCAGCUGUCUCCUCUUUGCAAGGAAAAACUCCUCCUAGAUGCCUGGCUUCCCGCCAGGGCCAGCACAGGGAUGAAACUGGAAGAGGGCCUGUGGUUACAACUGCCUCUGUGCCCUCAAGCCUUUGCCCAUGCUGCUGUAGCCGCUGACUCCAAAGUCUGCUCAGACAUCGGACGAGCCAUCCUCCAGCAGCAGGGCUCACCUGUGGAUGCCACCAUAGCAGCCCUGGUCUGCUCUGGCGUUGUCAACCCUCAGAGCAUGGGCCUGGGAGGAGGGGUCAUCUUCACCAUCUACAAUGCUACCACAGGGAAGGUGGAGGUCAUCAACGCCCGGGAGACUGUGCCAGCCAGAUUUGCCCAGGGUCUGCUGGACCAGUGUGAACUCGCCCUACCUCUAGGCACAGGGACCCAGUGGAUCGGGGUGCCCGGGGAACUCCGUGGCUACGCCGAGGCCCACCGCCGCCAUGGCCGCCUGCCCUGGGCACAGCUGUUCCAGCCCACCAUUGCCCUGCUCCGAGGAGAUUUCCGCAUGCCCUCCGUCCUCAGCCAGUUCCUCAGCCACAAGUUCCUGCAGCCCCUCCUGUACAACUCAACCCUGAGGCAGCUUUUCUUCAAUGGAACUAAACCCCUGAGGUCUCAGGAUCCGUUCCCAUGGUCCGUGCUGGCCACCACCCUGGAGACUGUGGCCACAGAAGGCGACCAGGCCUUCUAUACUGGGAGGCUGGGCCAGAUGCUGGUGGAUGACAUUGUCAAAGAAGGGGGCCAGCUGACCAUGCAGGACCUGGCUACCUUCCAGCCUGAAGUGGUGGAUGCCCUGGAGAUGCCCCUGGGAAACUACACUCUGUACUCACCGCCACCACCUUCAGGGGGCGCCAUUCUCAGUUUCAUCCUUAACGUGCUGAGAGGGUUCAACUUCUCAGCAGAGUCAGUGGCGCAGCUUGAAGGGAGAGUGAACAUGUACCACCACCUUGUGGAGACACUCAAGUUUGCUGGGGGACAGAGAUGGCGGCAGUGGGACCCUCGCAGCCACCCAGAGGUCCAGAAUGCCUCCCAGGAACUGCUGGGGGAAGCUCUUGCCCAGCACAUCCGCCAGCAGAUCAAUGACCGUGGUGACCACCAGCGCAGCCACUACAACCUGGCCGGAGACUGGGGCCACAGGAUGGGUACUUCCCACGUGUCUGUGCUGGGAGAGGAUGGCAGUGCUGUGUCAGCCACCAGCACCAUCAACACACCACGGGCAUCCUUCUCAACAAUGAGCUCCUGGACUUGUGCUGGAGACGCAGGUCAAGCUCCAACCACAGGCCCCCACCCGGUGAGAGCGAGGCCUCCAGCCCGGAUUCUACAGGCAUCUCCCAGGGAGAGGAGGGAAGUUCCAGGUGAGCGGCCGCCAUCCUCUAUGGUACCUUCCAUCUUGGUCAACAAAGCCCAGGGCUCCAAGCUGGUGAUUGGCGGGGCUGGGGGGGAUCUCAUCAUCCCUGCCGUGGUCCAGACCAUCAUGAACAAGCUGUGGCUUGGCUUUGAUUUGGCAGCAGCCAUCGCCUCCCCCAUUCUGCAUGUGAACAGCAAAGGUGGAGUGGAAUACGAGGCCAACUUCAGCCAGGAGGUGCAGAAGGGGCUCCAAGACCGUGGCCAGAAACAGACCCAGCAGCAGUUUUUCUUGAACGUGGUCCAGGCUGUGUCCCAGGAGGGGCCCUGUGUGUACGCAGCGUCUGACUUGAGGAAGAGUGGGGUGGCUGCAGGCUACUGAGGAAAGAGUUUGGCCCGAAGCCUGGAUCAUCCAGCCCUGCCUUAAGCCCUGAGCUGCAGCUGGAUGAGGGACCAAGUGCUCCAGCAGGACCUGGACUCCUGGCUGAGACUGGAGGAGGCGGACUCCAGCAGAGUGCCGGGAAGGAUGACUGGAAGGGCCUGAGCCUCCGCCCUGACCCUUUCCCCCCAGCCUCAUGUGACCCUGCUCCGGCUCCUUCCUCUGGCCUCCUGCCCACCUUUCCAACCUGUGUCCACCAGUCUAAGAUUAAAGAGGAGCCGGCUGUA